AUGUCCCACGUCGUUAUCAUUGGCGCCUCAUUUGCAGGUAUCCCGAUUGCCCAUUCCCUUCUCACGGACGUCCCAUCGAUCAAAGUCACGCUACUCAAUCCAUCAACGUUUUACUUCACCAUUGCUGCCCCGCGAAUCCUCGCCAAACAAGAUGCGUUCCGACCCGAGCAAUACCUGCCUCCUAUCGAAAAGGCGUUUGUCUCCUAUCCUAAGACCUCCUUCGAAUUCAUCAAAGGGUGCGCCUCCGCGAUAGACGUGUCUACCAGGACUCAAUCCAACUCAGACAACAUAGAAACCUUGAUCCAAGCUGCCCAAGCCUGCAUUAAGACUUCCCAGAGCAUCGUUAUCGGUGUCGCGGGUCCCAUUGUUGUUGAACUUGCUGGCGAACUCGCCGAGGCUGCUCGGUUGGCCGGACGGGGAGUGAGCAUCACGCUCGUGUCCGCCUCUAGUCGCAUCUUACCCAUGUUGCAACUAGCUAGGAGCAGGGCGGCAGAGAAGCUUCUCGCUGCUCAGGGCGUGAGAGUCUUGACGAAUCAAAAGGUUACUGGCGCAAUGCAGAGCUCGGAUUCCGGGAUAUGGAAGGUUACGCUGAGUAAAGACGGGGGCGAAUUAGAUGCAGACUUGUAUAUCUCCACCACUGGGGCGUUGCCGAAUAAUGAAUUCAGCCCGAUGGGGUUCCUGAAUGAGAAUAGAUGGGUUGUUGUCGAUAAGGAGCUUCCGGUCGUCUGGCGCGGUGGAGCUGGAGCGGCGUCUUUGCCGAUUUAUGUGGCGGGGGAUAUCACCAAUAAGUCGAUGCGGUUAUCGUUCAAGGCACGGGAGCAGGCUGCUGUGGUGGCGAACAAUAUGAAACCAGAUACUCUAGGUCAAGGAAGGAAGCGCAAGACUUAUGACCAGGGGAAUACGAUCCUGAUGAUGGUCCCGGUUGGCUCGACAGGGGCCACGGGGCUGAUCUUCGGUUGGACUCCAUGGAGUACGAUGGUGAAGAUGGUCCAGGCGAAGGACUUUUUGAUUUCCAGGGCUCAGUCCUCUGUUGCUGCCAGCUGA